CAAAUAACCACAAGCAACGUUCGUCAUUUCAAUCGUGCUUUGGUCGUCUUGUCUUGUGUUUCAAUGUUUUGUGCGUGUAAUUUAAUAAGAAUAUAAUUGUGGUGAAAUAAAUCUAUAUACAUUGUUCUUUGUUGUAAUCUAUAAAAUUUGUGGUGUCACGUGAAGACGGAUGAUAAUUUAUUGAAUCUUCACGAUGAUUGCAUUAACUGACGACGUAUACAAAUUAUUCGAUGGCGUCACAGAGGAAGUAUGCCGAAACGUCCGUCAACUAAUGCAGCAGCUAUGGCUGAACUGGUCCCACGUCGGUGUAGAAUACGACGUGAAGGUCAGCAACAUAUACAAGCUGGUGCAGAUUGAGAAGGAUCUCCACAGUGAUGUGUUGUAUGAGACUGAACAGAAACUUAAGACCAUGCAACAGCAAGUUGAAGAAUUAAAAGACGAGACCAAUAAAUUGAGCCAGUACCUGUCUGUUGACAUCAGUAUUACAGAGUACAACGAUGAGAUGAUGCUGUUCGAGUAUAAAAAAGAGCUGGAAGACCAGAUUAUGGGAUAUAGAGAACAACUGGAGCAGCGGCGCACUGAAAUCAACCGCCUGCUGGAAUGGCAGCAUGAUCUGACAGAGAAACUCGGAGUCACCUUCCACGAGCUGCAGGACAUCCCGCUCCCGCCCCAAGACGAGUUGGACAAGUUGAGGAACCAUCUUGAAGUGCUGCAGUCAGAGAGGGACAAGCGAUCUGAAAUAUUCCUGCACACGCAGAUUGAAAUUAAGGAUAUUAUGGAAAAACUCCAUAUCAGACCACAGGGCAAGUUUGAGCAUGGUGUGGUCACCUCUCUAUCUGUGGACUUCAAGGUGACGGAUCUGAACAUGGACCGUCUGGCCAAGUUGCGCCAGGACUUGCAGGAAAAGUAUGACCAGACCAACAACCGGGUAUUAGAACUGCGCGAGCGUCUGUCCAAACUGUGGGAGUGCUUGGACGAAGACCAGAUAUACAGAGACAACUUUCUCCAGGCGCACCCUGGGUGCCAUCCGGCCACUGAAGCCGCUAUUAAAGAGGAGAUCAAGCGGUGUGAUCAGAUCAAGAGGCAGAAGAUUCAGGUGUUCGUAGCGAACAUGCGCACGAAGAUCAAGCUCAUGUGGGACAAGAUCAUGUACUCGAGCCAGCAGCGAGAAGAGUUCGUCCACUAUUAUCAGGAUAUCUUCACUGAAGACACCCUCACACUGCACGAGAUGUAUCUGGAUAGGAUUACUAACUACUACAAUGAGAACAAGCACAUUUUCGAGUUAGUCUUGAAGCGCAAGAACCUCUGGCUGCAGCAAGCCGAGCUCGACGCGCGCGCCUCCGAGCCGGGCCGCUACCACAACCGCAAGGGGAAUCUGCUGCAGGAGGAAAAGAAGAGGAAAGCUGUCGAAAUUAAUCUCCCGAAAAUUGAGGCCCAACUUCGCGAAGUAGUAACAGAGUACGAGGCGAAAACUGGCAGCCCCUUCACCGUGGACGGACUGCCUCUACUGCAGCUCAUCGAGGACGAAAAGGAGUCGAGAAAAGCUGAGCGUCACAACAAGCUAUCUGCGCGCAAGCAGGCGCUGACGCCCAGCACCACCACCACGAGCACCCCCGGCUCCGCGCUGUUCCGCUCGCUGGCCACGUCGCCGCGCGGCAAGCGCAACGCCACCGCCGCCAUGCUCGCGCUCACCGCCGAGAAGAACAGGCCGCCGUCGAAGCGCCAGCUGAUCACCGGCAGCGCCACCAAGGCUGUGUCGGCGCUCACUCAUAAUCUGUCUGCGUUGAAAAGAUCCGCUAUUUCUACUGUUAAGAGGCGAGUCAGCGGGCGACUAGCCACGAAGGCCAUCGUGGCGAAGGCGGAGAGCCACGGCGCCACCGUGAAGCGGAAGCUGGACUACGGAGCCGAUGUCCCCAAGCCGCCCAAAGCGAACGGCAGCAUUCUGAAGCACAAGCGCUCGUCCGUCGGCAAGCGGCGCAGCGGCGGGCGGCGCUCGGCCGGCCGCGGCGACCCCGCGCCCCGCCCCGCGCCCCGCCCCGCGCCCCACCCCGACCCCGACACCGACACCAACAACAAGAACCCGCUCAUGGAGACCACACAGCUUACUUCAUACACUGAUUUCAAGGAAGACAUCGAUGAGAAGAAAAUAGGCCGCAGCUCCAUGGUACCGAAGCCCUAUGCCGAUGUCCCCAUGAUCGUCUGCGACACUAUUGAGGAGAUAAACUCCCCCGACUAUCAAAAAAAAAGUCCGACCAGAUUGGCGCCCAUGACCCCAAAAACGGGAAAGGAAAAUAGGCAACACGCUGUACCUUUAACACCUAAGAGUAAUAUUUUGUACACUCCCACGAGACUUACUAGAUCAGCUUUAAAACUAAAUAAUGAUGGCUUCGCUACCCCCCGAGCGCCGCUCAGCGCCUGCAAGCAAAACAUUCAUAGAACAAAUUCCAACAACAACUUGGCUUUCAAGAACAACACCCCCAGCAAUAUGUUACGAUCCAAAACGCAGACGGGUCUACUGAGAACUCCUAAGCCUUUUGUUUAAAAUACUGUUAAUAUUCCAUCCUAAUGAUAAAACGGAUAUAAAGUAACUGUGCAUUUAUUUGAUACGAUGGCAGUGAACAUGUCUACACAUAUAAUUUUGUACUGAAUUCUAUAAAAAUGGCGACUGCACGUGGUAAUUAUUGUAACCUUGUAUAGAGUUAAAAUGUUGUAGAUGGUGAUAAUUUUAUACGUAUACUUUCUGACUAAUGUUUGAUGUAAAUAUUUGAAUAUCUUUUUAAUUUUAAAAUAAUAUAAUAUUAAUAUAAUUUUGCGCGUUUAGUUGUGAGAAGUUUUAAUUUGUUUAUGAGUCAAAUUAAGUUAGUUAUAAUGUUUAAUUUUGUGUCGUUUUACUUUUGACUUUAAAUGUUUGUAUUUCGGAUUAUAGAUUGAUUAUUAUGCGUGAAUAUCAUGUUCAAUUAUUACAAUAUGUUUAUGCCAUUAUCAUCAGUUGCGAUCAACUGGAAUUGAUCGAUAAUUUGAAGUCUCG